GAAUUUCUUGGGGACUGAAGUGCUGUCUGCUACAAAAUGGCUUCCACUCUUAACCUUGAUGGAAGAGCUCCUUGUUCUGGAUUCAAGUGGCUCUGUAACUGUGGCCCUGCGUGGACCCCUUUCAUGGGGAAAAUGUUCCAGUGCAGUGCGGACUGCUGCGAGAAUGCCAAUGCCUCCAUGGAGGAGGUACAUCAGUGUAUUGAACGUUGCCACGCACCCUUGGCACAGGCACAGGCCACCGUCACCGGGGAGCUGGAGAGGUUCCAGAAUCGGCUGCAGCGCUGCAUGAUGGACUGCAAUGACCGAGCCAAGGAUGCCUUCAACUCCGGAGUCAAAGAGCCCGACGUCAGGCUGAAAGCGGACUCGUGUGUCAGCAAGUGUGUGGACGAUCACGCCGUUCUCAUUCCCAGCAUGACACGGACGCUGAAGGAGUCACUGAUGUCCAUAGCCAAGUGAGACAGCGCCUCGCAUAACAAAGCUAGGUAAUUGUUUAUUCUUCGCAGAGGAAGAGAGGCGCUGCACUGAAGCAGGGAUAUCACGGCAAACCAAACUCCACACCCCCUCCACCCCCACUCCUCCCCCCAAAUUCCCUAGCAACCCCACCUCAUUCCAGCACAGGAGACUGAUCCCAGUCACAGACUUGAGAACAAAGGAGCUCACAGCAGUGCCCUUCCCAUUCAGAAAUGGGUCAGUGAGACCACAGUGGGGUUGGGUCAGGUCUUUGAGUGUUACUCAUUUGGUAAAGCGCCCGGUGUUGCUCAGCGAUGAAACUCUCAGCAGCAAUAGCCCAAGUCGUUGGAUGAUAACCAGAAGCUACAACCCUCCUGCUCAGCCAGUCCUUGCCUCCCUUCUGCAACCCAAGCUGGUGGAAAUGUACGCAUGGGGAUUUAAAGCCAGUUUGUGCGGCACUGGGACUGCCUGACUUGGCUCGUUGGGCAAGCUGACUGUAGAAAGCUGUGAUCUUUUCACCUCAGAUUUCUAUACAUACUGUCGCUCGGCUGUCAGUCUGCUCCUUCCAGUCACUGUUGCGGACGGAUCUGGGGCUCAAUUUCACGUCAACCACAGCAGAACGGUUCGGUGAACUGGAAUGUGUUUCAACUCCAGCCAUUUCCACUGUGCCUUGGUUUCCUUCUCCAUUGGAUAACGUCUUUGAAGAGGAUUGUUGGUUUAAACCUUCUGUCAGCAUCUUGAUCCUUGUGUUGUCAGAUACUAAAAAUGGCAAGCUCCCGAUUGUUUAAGUGCUGGGCACCCGUAACCUUCCCCCUUCCAGAUUCCGCUCAGUCACAAAUUGUAAAUGUAAAGAGUGCUGAAGUCUUUUGUUUGAAAGAAAUUGAUUUUGGACUCGUGGGUCACGGAAUUGCAAAUCAGAAUCUCAGUUGGAGACAUCAGGUUUUGAAAGCUCCAAGGUUCCUUGAGCUUAAUAAGGAAAAGAUUCCCUGUUGCUGUUUUUGCGGGCAGUCCUCCUGAUUUGGCUUUUGUUUGAGGAGUUGGCUGACUGCCAGCAGAAAUGUUGUAAGCUCCCCAUUUGGUGGAACUUAGGACGUUUUCUGUCUCUCUCCCCCCCCCCCCCCACCCCGGCUGCACCACCGGUUUUUCUGACUUUGAGUAAAGAAAAGCCGGCAACUGAGUCACAGCAUAGGACUCACUCUGAAUUUUGCCUCUGUCUGUCUCAGAUAUAUUGAUCCUCUCAUUGUGGUGUGCACAGGAAGCACACUGAAGGUGAUAUGCUGACAGAGCUGAUGGCAGAGUCAGAUUCUGAAGUGUUUCUCACGACUGCCGCUGUGCUAACAGUCAGUUUUCUGCACGAUCUUGUACACCGUGGAAUGGACAGGAAGUAUAACUCCAUUCGAGGUCGCUAUGAGUUGCAUCUUUCACCAACUUCUGUGCAUUGUGGUCAUUUCUGAGAUGGGCGAUGGCUGGAGGAUGGGAGUGUUAAGGGUGUUAAGCUGGUACACAGGUGGUGACCCAGAUUUACUCUCAUAUGCUCAAUAACCUGCCGUGCUGUUCCCGGUAGAGCGUGGCAGUUCUUUGAAUCCCAUUACAGUACCUGCCUAAAGGAGACAGAUGCCAAACACACAACAGUUUACACAGGAAGCAGAAUCCUCGCAAGACCGUCAUCUGUCUGUGGGAUUUCCCACCCCCACGUUUGUGAUGUUUUGAGCCCUCAAAUAAAGCCUGCCAUUCAGAAGUUUCUGAUUCAGAUUGUGACAACUAACCAUUGAAGUCUGUUCAUUGAGUGCACCUGGAAAAUAUAAUGGUAAAGGGAGCAUUACCCUGUCAUCAUACCUUGACAGACAAAGUAGAGCUUUUACUGAAAAGAGAGAAGAAGUCACUGAAGCUUUUUGACUUUGUCAGUCAGGACUGUUUACUCCUGUGGUAUAAAUUGUGGCAAUUGCUUGAAGUUUGACCUUAAUGAGUGUAAGAGGAAAAGCUUUGGGGACAUGUCUGUGAUGAUAUUAACAAGCCUGUAAUAAUGGUACACUUGUCUGUUGGACCAUUAGACCUUGCGCUGUCCAGGCAUCAGUCUUGAUUUCCUUAGCCUUUAUCCAGUGAUUUUUGGACAAAUUUCACAGAAGUGAUUGCAAUUACAUUCUUGAUUCUGCAAGGAUUUGAAUUUGCCACUGCUUAAUUUCUGUCAGGUAGAAGCUGAUUCUGUGGUUUUACGUGAGCUGUGGUCAAGAGGCUGCGAGAUGAGUGAGGUGCUUUUUCUGAUCUGCACUGUUGCUGACCAUAGCUGCUUCAUGUCACGUCUGAACCACCUGCCUUCAGAAAUGUAAUUUUGCAGUUUGAUGAGAAUAUCACCCCUCCCCACAAACAGAAGCCAAGACCGAAAAAGUGCAUCUGUCUUUUGUGUAACACGAGAUGUAAGUGUGUGAUUUCAUUAAGAGUGCUGCCUGACCAAUGUGCUGUGAAGCCUUUUCGCCUUUUGUUCAUCUCCAGUCUGGAGUUGGUUUAACUGUGAAGUUUUCCUGUAUGGGACUGUCUGUGUGCAAUGUCCAAUUAAAGGAAGAAUUUAAUCAUUA